AUGCAAAAUCCAUUAUUCUCUACAGAUAUAGAUAUGUUUAUACCGCGCCGUUAUGUCAUGUACACCUUCGUCCCAGCUAUUCUCUCUCUCUAUCUCAAACAUCAUCAUUAUAAUUGUCCGGAAUUAUUCAUUAGAAGAGACUCGUUCACCGAUAUAUGUCACUCAUUUUUCUCUGCGAUUGCUAACACUAAAAUCAUUCGUCCAUUUUCCGAUUUCUGUAUUUUAUUUAUUACUCCCUUUCCUACUUUCUACAUCCUCAUCUUUCUUUUUUCCUCCGUCUUUCUCCCACCCUUUCCUUUCUUUCUUCCUUCCUUCAUUCUUUCAUCUGUCCGUUUUUCCAUUAUUUCUUCCUUUAUCCCCUUCUUCCUUCCUUUCCUUUCCUUAUGUUCUUUCUUUCUCCCACCUUUCUACAUCUUCCUUCUUCCCUCCUCCUUUUUGCACGUUCUUUCUUUCGUCCUACUUUUUACAUCUUUCUUCCUCCCCUUCAUUCUAUAUCUUCUUUCCCUCUUCUUUAGUAUCUUCCUUCUUUCCCUCUACUUUUUACAUCUAUCUUCCUCCCCUUCUUUCUACACCUUUCUUCUUUCCCUCUACUUUUUAAGUCUUUCUUCUUUCCCCUUCUUUCUAUAUCUUCCUACUUUCCCCCUUCUUUCUACUUCUACCUUCUUUCCUCCUACUUUUUACAUCUUUCUUCCUCCCCCUUCAUUCUACAUCCUCUUUCUUUCCCCCUUCUAUAGUAUCUUCCUUAUUUCCCCCUACUUUUUACAUCUAUCUUCCUCCUUCUUUCUACACCUUUCUUCUUUCUCCUACUUUUUAAGUCUUUCUUCUUUCCCCUUCUUUCUAUAUCUUCCUACUUUCCCCCUUCUUUCUACUUCUACUUUCUUUCCUCCUACUUUUUACAUCUUUCUUCCUCCCCUUCAUUCUAUAUCUUCUUUCCCUCUUCUUUAUCUUUCUUCUUUCCCCUUCUUUCUAUAUCUUCCUACUUUCCCCCUUCUUUCUACUUCUACAUUCUUUUCCCCCUACUUUUUACAUCUUUCUUCUUUUCCCCUUCUUUCUUUCCCCCUUCUUUCUAUAUCUUUCUUCUUUCUCCUACUUUAUAUCUUUCUUCUUUCCCCCUCUUUUUAUAUCUUCUUUCUUUCCCCUUCUAUCUACAUCUUCCUUCUCCCCACUUCUUUCUACAUUUUCCUUCCCAAUUUUUUUUUCACCUUACUUUUGCCUCUUCUUUCUUUCCCCGUCCUUUUACAGCUUCUUUACCCCUUCUUUCUACAUCUUCCUUCUUCCCCCACUUUUUUCUACACCUUCCUCCUUUCCCCCUUCUUUUUACAUCAUUUAAUCUCUCUACUUUUUCUUCCGUACUCCCCUUCUUUGUUCCUACUUUUAACAUUUUACUCCUUCCCUCCCAUUCCUUCCUUCCUUUUUAUAUUUUCUUACUUUUUAACUUAUGUCCGUCCCUUCUUCCCUUACUUCAUUCCCCGCAGGCAGCCGUCCUUCCUUUUCUACCUUCCUUUUAGCAUACGUUCUUUCAUUUACCAUGUUAUUAUUUUCUUUUAUCUUCUUCUUUUUUUUUACGGAUAA